AUGAUGCGCCUACGAAAUAGAGUUAUACCCCAGGCGGGUACCGGAGCUGUAUGCGAUGGAGAAUCCCGCCCCGGGCCCUCAGGCUCGGGCUGCCCUUCGUAUUCUGGGGGGGCAACGAGUCGCACCAAGCUGCCCAAUCUCAAGCUGCUGCAGAACGGAUAUGCAGGAUAUCGUAUACAUUAUAAUGACAGACAAAUACAGACUCAGACUAUUAACCAUUUACUUUACAUGGACGACAUAAAACUUUAUGCUGCCACUGAAUCUGAACUAUACAAACUGACUGAACUGACAGAACAAUUUACAAUCGAUAUAAAAAUGAAUUUUGGAUCUCAACAAAUUAAUUACAAAUACACCAAAUAUAAAUUAAGACAAACAUUUCAACACCGGCUCAAUGCGAUCAUGAAAUCUAAAUUAUACUCUCGAAACACUGUAAAAGCAAUAAAUACAUUCGCAAUCCCAAUACUUACCUACUCCUUUGGCGUAAUAAACUGGAACAAAACAGAUUUAAUCAAUAUACAAAGAAACAUUAAUACAACAAUGACUAAAACAACUCACUACAAUAGACCUGACAUAACGCUAGUAGAUAAAAUCAACAAAACUGCAUUCCUUAUUGAUAUAGCCGUACCAAACACUCAUAACUUGCAAACUACAAUAGCAGAAAAACUCACCAAGUAUAUUGACCUUAAAGAUGAAAUAACCCGCCUCUGGAAUCUGCAAAAAGUAACCAUAGUACCAAUAGUCUUAUCUACUACAGGAAUCAUACCAAAACAACUUCAUAAAUCUCUUGACACCCUACAACUACCUCCCAAUUUAACAUAUUUAAUGCAAAAGGCUGUCAUCCUCAACACGUGUCGUAUAGUACGAAAGUUCUUACAGACAGAUGAGGAACGUACGACACUACACACACCGCAAACACAUCCAAACUCACACACGUGCGACUACUCGGACUUAUGGCUUGACGAUCUUAAUCGCCUGUGUGUACAAGAGAAGUGCUCAAAGAGCGGCGAGCCGCGAGCCGAGGGCCGCGAGCCGCGAGCCAAGGGCCGCGAGCCGCGAGCCUCGGGGCAUGACCAGUCCGCUAAAGUCCUUCUAAAUGAAAACCACCCUAGCACGUACACGAUGGAGUUCCGCUGA